GUAAGAGUAAAUACGAGUAUUACAGAAGAUGGCUGGAGGCCUUAGUCAUCCGAUCAUAGGAAUUCUGUGUUUGGGGCUUCUUGGGGGAGUUUCCUGUUUUUGUCCAAAAAAUCCUAAACAUGGAAUCUGGCAUGAGGAGAAGGAGGAGGGGCGAUGUAUAUUGAGAUGUGAUAAAGGAUACGAACCCUCCAACUGUCACGUUCUCCGCCUAGUAAAAGGAAAAUGGAACUUUGAAAUCCCAGACUGUAAAAAUGCAUCCUGGAUUUCGGGAAAAACCCUUGUAACUGCAGGAGUGGGGACAGCGGCCGUGGUAGCACUACCUUACACGAUAGCCGCCAUGGGGUUUACUGCUGCUGGGGUCACGGCCGGGUCAAUAGCCGCUUGGUGGCAAUCUACCUCGGUAGCGGGAGGUGUAUUCGCCGGUUUACAGAGUGCUGGUGUCGUAGGUACGGGCUUGGCCACUAAGCUCGGAGUAGGCGGGGUUACAGCGGCGGUGACGAACCUUGUCUCCUCGGCCUUCUCCGGUUGUGAACAAGAAUAGCCUUCAAAGGAGUUAAUAAGGAGUAGAGGCAUAAUAUGUUUUGUAAACAUUAUAAAAAGGUUGCUUGUGUCCAUUUCUUAACAAUAAACUGGAAAAAAGUGCAAUGUAACUUUACUGGUAUUUGUUAAAUCAAUUUUCCAUUAAUGAUUUAAAAAUAAGAAAUUUAAUUCAUUUAAAAAAUCUUUUUAUAAGUAAAACUUCAAAUUGUUAAAUAGCUGUGUGUUUGUCUGUCUAUGUGUUUGUCUGUCUAGCUGUCGCCUUUUCUGCCUGUGUGUUUGUCCAUCUAUGUGUUUGUCUAACUGUGUUUGUCAGUCUGUCUGUCUGUGUGUUCGUAAAUCUAUUAGUUUGUCCAUCUACUUGUCGCCUUGUCUGUUUGUGUGCUGUCUAGCUGUGUGUUUGUCCGUGUUUGUUUGUUUGUAUAUGUGUUUUUUGUCUGCGUUUGUGUGUUUGUCUGUCUGUGUGUUUGUUUGUCCUCUUUGUUAAGCUGUUUGUGCGUUUGUUUGUCUGUAUAUGUGUUUGUUUGUCCGUGUUUGUUUGUAUGUGUGUUUGUUUGUCUGUAUGUGUGUUUGUUUGUCUGUAUGUGUGUUUGUAUAUGUGUUCGUUUCUCCGUCUUUGUAUGUGUGUUUGUUUGUCUGUGUUUGUCUGUCUGUGUGUUUGUUUGUUCGUCUUUGUUAAGCUGUAUGUGUGUUUGUUUGUCUGUGUUUGUCUGUAUAAUUGUGUUUGUUUGUCUGUGUUUGUUUGUAUGUGUGUUUGUCUAGCUGUCUGUGAGUCCCUCUGUCUGUCUCUCAGUCUGUAGUAGUUCAUUUUCCGAUCUUUUUACCUAACGCCUCCAGACAUUAUACUAGUAGUCAGUGUAUCGAGAUGAGAUACAGAUCAAGUUUGCAUUUGGUCUUGCUUCAGUGAUUUCAAACAGAAUUAUGGCCCUAUCAGUUUUUUUUACAGGAAGCAUAUAAUACAAUACUCGCAAUGUUUUUGUUUAUAUAGAUACUGUUCAAAAUUGCCAUGCAUGUUUUUUCCCCAAAAUAAACUUGAUAAUGGCUGCUUUUGUGACGCCAGUCAGAGGUAUUUAUUAUGUUUUUCCAAUACGAGUUCACGUAAAGGUCGACAAAUAUGUUAUUAUCUUUAGGUGCUUAGAUUUCUUGAUAAAUAUGUCGUAUGAUCUAAACUGUAUAGGUCAAAGGUUUACCUUCAGUGGUAACAAAAUGGAUAUAAAAAUGCAUCGGUACCUAUAAUAAUGACACGGGUUUUGGUAUAAAGCAAGAUCUAUAUUUUUGGUUUGGUUAAAUUUUGCAUUGGAGUUUUAUAAAUACGAUGUAUCAAGCUUAUUAAAUAACUAAUUUCAAAAAAUAAA